ACUCCGCUGGGAGAACAAAUAAACACUCCCGCAAUCUAAUUCUCUAAAUUCUUAGCUUUGCCUGACUAUCUAUUCACAUCUAAAGAUUAAAAGUCCAAAUAAGUCAAUUCGAUAUGGAGCUCCUUGAUCCUGAGCUUUACAGCAUUGACGAGGUGUGCGCAAAAUUCGAAGAGUACAAAAAGAACCGUGAGGAACAGCAGUUGGCCCUGGAGAACAAGCUAAAGACCAAGUUUAAUUUGGAUGAUGAUCUUAAAAUGCUUAACAUAAAGAUAGAAAAACUACAAGUCGGAGUGCAGCAACUUGAAGAGCAGCGAAAAUUUCAGAUACUUCGAAAAAAACAAAUUACUCAAUCGAAUUCGGAUGCAAUUGAGAAUGCUCCACAGGAUGAACCUAGCUCUUCCUCAAAAGAUGAAGACCCUGAGCCGAAACAGUUACUGAUAAAAUGCGGGGUGAGCAAGUGCCUCUUCGAGAAUUGCCAAAGACCUGUGGACAGCCAGCUGCUUUUACUGCACUACCUCUGUGAUCAUAACCACAAGGAUGCUUCUUUCAAGCAAUGCCUGCCACUGAUUGAAGGUGAACGGGUUGUGCUCUCGUUCCUUCUUCAGAGCUGUGAGUUCCGGGUUAACCGGGUGCUAGGACUCCUGGCUUACGGAGGGCAGAUAGAGCAGCAGUUUGAUUUGUCAAGUCGACAUGAGGUAUACAACACCUUCCUGCCGGAGCAGCACUCGCAUUUAGAGUCUCACAUCCCAGUGGUAGUGCUAGUGUGCCGGACAGCGAUUCAUGCGGCUCUAAAUGCUAAGAAACUGGCCCAAAAUAUGCGGUCAUUAGAUAGCCAGAAGGACGACGUAUUCGUGUUCUGGCUGGUCACACCCAGUAACCGCUUGCAUUUAAAUGCCACGCUCUGUCUUUGCGGAAGAGAUGAUGCUGUGCGUGACAGCUGCGUGGUGCGUGUUCGAAAAGUAAAUCAAAGCCAGAACACGGACUAUUUCAUGCCUGUCGACGGAAACUACUUUCGUGUAAUGUAUGCCGAUAUGGACAAAAUAUCAAACAACUUUCGGGACGAGCUGCACUUGGAGGUGUCGCUCACAGAGUCGCAGGCUUCACUGGAACGAAUGUAAUCACUUUCUACUCACAUUGGCGUUUUCCUGCAGGGCCUUGCAUUUGGACUGCUCCGCCGGAUCGGUCAGCUGCGCGAUGCGUUUGUCCAGCA